CAUCCCAAAGGGGCCACAAUAAAAAGCCAGCUUCGGUUGAUUGACACCUCGUAGUAGCAGUCCGUAAGUCAUCGCUUGCAGGCCGUUGGUUGUCGUGUCCUGUGCAUAAAAAUACCCGGAAAGUUGUUUGGGUUUUGAUUUCUUCAUUAAAGCCGUCUAGCCGCCGAAGGAUAGUUGCAGUCUACCAUGAAUAAGCUGUUCAUUGUAUUUGCUCUAGUUGGGGCGAUCAUCGCUGCUCCCACGCAACACGACGAGUCGGACAUAGUUAUCGACUGCCUGAAUGAGGUGCUUGACGCGAUAGAAGCUGAAAACGUAGAGGAACUGGCUGAAGUGAUUGCCGAAGCACGCCUGACCAUCAGAUAUUUGAUCGAACGCCAUCGGCGCUGCCAGGAGAUACCACGUGAUGACCCACCGAGCCGUUUGCAGGAAAUUCAAAUUGCGGCGUGUGAAAAUGCCUGGCGGUUGACUGUGGCCGUUGAGUUGGCUCGUAUUUCGGCGGCAAUCAGUGAGCACACUGAAAAUGGGCGCGAUUUGGUGGCUCAGUUUUCCGAGUGCUCUGGCAUUUCGCUGCCAAGGCCCGAACCGGAACCAGAACCAGAGUAUUAAAAUGUGUUUGAUGUACAGUGAUUUUUGAAAUUAAAAGUAUUAUUAUUCUAUUCAUUAUAAAAAAAACAAAUAUUGAUA